UGACGUCAGCACCGAAACUUGAAGGAACUCACCUGUCUGCCUGGCGAAGAGGGACCAGCAGGGAAUGAGACAAGACACACGUCCUCGUGUGAAAAGCACAGUUCCACGAGCUGUCAGGUGUUGAUAAUGUGAACUUGCCGGGUGAGCUGUUGUUUUUUGAGGUUCCGGUGCCUUUUUUUAACCUGCGGUCUGUGCGGUUUCGAUAUCAAAACUUAAAACUAUAAGACACUUCCGGGUUGGGAUUCCGCCAGGCUGAAAAUAUAACGCUUGGACAAGGAGGUGACCCAGGAUGGACGUGGAAAUGCAAAAUACUCGGACAAAUGGGGACCCGGGAGCUGCAACUGUGACAGAAGAACGGGUGACAGCAAGUAAUGGAGACCGUGUGGCCUGCAUGGACCCAGAAGCCACAGAAACAGAUGAGUUGCUUUCCAUAAAGGUUGAUGGUUGUAAUGGAGAGGCGAUACCCCCCGACCACGCAGCAGAGCCUCAAAGGAGCCUGGGAAAUACGUCAGGAGAGGGUCAUAAUGGGGAGAUUCUAAAUUCUGAUGAUGCAGCAGAAACUCAAAGGACACAUGGGAUGGCUUCUUUGGAGGUUAGAAGAAUAAAGAGGGAGCUGAAUGAGAUCGUCUGUUGGAAAGUUAAACUAUGGAUGGCCAUCAUCUUCGUCUUUGUCCUCAUCAUUGCUACCAUUAUAAUUUCGCUGCUGAUCUGCUCAGCAAUCCAUGAGGACGUGGAUGAAAAGUUCGACCCAAUAUUGUUUAAGUUUCCUGUUUAUUUUAACGGGAGCUUCCAGCUGCCCAACAUGGCCUUCAAGGAGGAACUCUUCACCCUGUCCUUAAACGAGAGUCAAACACUCGCCACUGACCUUCAAGAAAAGCUUGCUGACCUCUACCGAUCCUCGCCUGCUCUGGGACGCUACUUCUCAGGAGCUGAGAUAUAUGCUUUCAGGAACGGAUCAGUCAUAGCUGACUACCAGCUGAAAUUUCUCAUGCCUGAAGAACACCAAGAUCAGCUGAGGGGCUUUAUCCUGAGCAGGGAAAUGGUUUACAACGUGUUCAGGCAGUUUCUGUAUGACCAGGAGUCUGAUGAGUCAGGGCAGAUGUAUAUCGACCCCUUGUCUCUCAUCAUGUUUGUGAGACAGUAGUGUGAAAAGUUCACCGAUAGACUGGAAAAUCCCCUUAUAAUGUUGACCUUGUCAUUGAGGUGAGACACUUAACAAACCACCCUCUGUGAGGCGUGUUUGUAGCUUUUAUUGUCAAACGUCUGUGAGAUUCUCCCACGAGCAUGCAGAAAUGCUGCAUGUGAUGCAGCUUAUCCACAGGAAACUUCAUGACUGCAGCCACGUAAGCUCAUUAUGUCUGUAGGUCAUACGGACGAUCUAAUGAUCUGAUCUGCUUAAUAGGCUUUAAAGACUGAUCUUAAUUAAAAUCAAUCCAUGGUAAAGGAAUUGUCAAGUAAGUUGGACAUCUGUCUACUGUCAGGGCAGAUUGAUUUAACUCAUGGGAGAACUUUUUACUAAGUAUUACUGUGCCUAUUUUUUUGAAAAUGUAUUCAUGUAAGAGUAUUUUUAAAUGCUACUGCUGAUAAUUUUUUAUAUGAUGUACUAUCACUGUGAUCUUUGUAUACCCAGUUAGUCAGAGCCUGUGGUGGGAUACUUGUGUUUUUAAAGAAAAUUUAAGUGUUUAUAUUUGCAUAUCUGUGCCAAUAAUUCCUGUCACCAGACAUGAUUUGCAAACCAAAACUGGGGGCAGCUCUUAAAAUAAUUGCCUAGGACGCAGCAAACACCUUAUGAAAAUCAGCCUUGAAGAACUGUGCAGGGAAAAAAGGUAUGACAGAAAGCUGCAUGCCCAUCAAAAUAUUCUAUGCUAUGCUAUGCUUUACUACGCUGAUAAAUUCAGAAUGCAUUUUGUGUCUAAAUGGCCAAAGAUUUAAACAGUGUGAUGGUUUUGUAAUACCUGGGGUCUGGGCCCUCCUGGGGUUAGGGUCUGGGCUAUUAUUAUUGUACAUAGAUCUUUUGGCAGAACAAGUGUUUGUGGGCCUACUCCAUUGGGAUUAUAUUGAUGAAAACUGUUAAAUAUGAUUAUUAUUUUUUUCUGUGUAGGUCCUGGGGGGUCAUAGCUUUUCAGGAGGUGUGUUUCCACAGAGCGAUGUGGUCUGGUCUGGUACACUAUGGCACCUUGUAGUAACAAAAAUCCUGAUCUUAAUUGUGUUUCAACAGCCAACAGUACCUUUACUUGACAGCUGCAUUAUUUUCUUGAAAUCUAGGAGAUGUUUAAACAUGGAUUGUUUUGUGUUUGCCCAUUUUUUUUAGUUAUUUUGAUACCUCUCCUAGUUUUUGAUAGUGGAAAACAAAUAAUUGAGCACUGUACAAAAACUGAACUGAACUAGGCUGCUUGGUGGCAGGGGUGGAGACAGAAGUGUUAGAUAUGUGGGGGCUUAGCCCAAACUUGGGGGAAUUUGGGGAAUGCUUACUCGGAUAUGCUUGCUUGUUAUCAUUAAUAUGCACUUUUUAAAAAAAUAUUUAAUGCAAAUAUACAUUUAAUAUGACAACAAAUCUUUAAUAAAAGCAUUUGGGCAAAAAUGAUGCCAUUCUAUCUAAAAAACACCCUUGAAAGCCAUCAUUAAUAUUUUUUCAAUGUUCAUUCAAAACAAAGUUUAAGUAUUAUCUAUAAUUCAGCAGGUGUAUAAGCUCUUUUUUAGAUCAAUAUUUUUGAGGCUUUAUGCCUUUAUUUGUAGAGGACAGUAAAUAGAGUCGGAAACAAGGAGAAGAGACAUGAAGAAAAUUAGCCACAGGCCAGAGCUGAACCCAGGUCACCCACAUACAUGGGGCGCACCCCAGACCACCAGGCAACCCACACCCUGGUGUACGAGCUUUUCAAAGUAAAGUAGAAAUAUUUUUUGAGUUGAACAAGAAGAAUGAAAUCUUCAUGCUGUGAUCAGCAGAGUUCAUUUGUAUAUUAUAAUGUUUGGGGAUGUAAUGGUAUCAAAAUCUCAUGAUAUGAUAAUACCUCGCUAACAAGUCUACAGUAUGGUAUUAUUGUGGUAUCAAAAAACCAAAAACAACAAAUGAACACUUGCAAAAGAAUAACAUCAGUAUUUAUUAAACAACAAUUGCAUACUAAUUAUUACAAUAUGUGAAAAAAGUGUUGUAGGUGUGCAUUAGGCUUAAUAUAUGAUAUAAAAAUAUAAACUUUUACUCCAGCAUAUUUAAUAACCUCCUAAAACCUUCAUUGCCCAUGAUAAUUUUCCAGCUGGCUCUUCAUGUUACUCAUGUUCAAGUAUGUCACAGUCUGGCAGUGUCUGAAUGUUGUCUGUUGUUUGUCCAUUUCUCCUUCCUCACUUUUUGACACCAGGAACCAAAAAAAUGUCCACAUGUCAGAUGUGCUGCAGUCUCCACAAUCUCAAAACUUUGUCACUUGGUUCAGCCUCAUAAAACGUUGCAUCCACUAUUUUCGCGCUGUUAGAUCAAGCCAGUGAGUGGAGCACAAAGGAUGAUGGGUAUGCAACUGUAGUUCCUGCUUCCCUUUGCACUGCUCCCCAAAAAUCCCUUCAUUUUUGUCCCAAAGACCUAUUGUCUGAAACUGUCACAUCCACAAUAGUAUCAAGAUGCUGCUGUCACUGCAAUACCAUUAAACUAACGGUACUGUUAGUCUCUAUAAAUGAUGUGUUUUAGCAUUUAUCAAUCAUAACACUUAGCAGUGUCAUACUUUUUACCAACCUGAAAGAUUUGGGGCUUUUUGAGAAAACAUUCAGGUUAUAAGCCCUGUAGGCCACCCUGUCAUUCCACUUAUGCUUAGUGGAAACACCUUUAGAAACCAGUAGGGAGGCCCUACAGGAAAAAAAUGUUGUGAGGACUAAUAUAAAGCUCCUGUUGAAUAUAUUCCAUUAUUUGAACACUAGAGGGAGCGCACGUCCCACAUGCAAGUCAAGAGUCUGACUCCUUUGCUGCUGUCUCUCUUGCCUUCGCUGCUUCUCUGCAGCCAUCCAUCUAGAGUGGACAUUGAAAUUUAAUAAUUCAAAUGUGUUAUGGCAGCUUGUAUUAAGCAUAGUGCUGGUGGCAUUGUGCAUGUUUAUCAGCUGGAACUGUGUCAGUACUUUAGUAGAAGCUUGUUUCCUGUCAGUGAUAAUGCCCACAGGUUUGUCUUCUAAUACGAUUACAGCUGUGGUUAAAGUUUAUGCCAAUUGUCUGGUAACAAGGAGAGAUUGUUCCAGCAGAUGGUAGUUAAUUAGUCUGCUGGCACAAGACUCUCUGGAAAGUUUUGAUGCCUGAGUUAAUAAAGACAGUAACCGCCUUUUUUUGACAGUUUAUUUUGUGGUAUAAUCACAUCUUAAGGGAGUGGUUUUGUAAGAGCAAUCAUGUUACAUACAUGUGUGAUGAUGAAAGAAAAUAAAUAAUGCUUUUACAGAAUUUUG